AUGUACACUGCACUGGUAAGCCCGUGGGGCGGAUCACCAUCUCUACUCGAAGAAACAUGCGUCGAAGAUAUCAAAGAAGCACGUAUAGUUGAUUGUGGUUAUAUGACGGCUUGCGAUUCAAUCGCAGAAACAAUGCUCUCUCCGGGAGUCACUGACGAAAAAUUCAAAAUCUGUCAAGAAAUUUAUUCGACCGAAAGGAAUUACAUUGAUAAUCUUAAAUUGUUACUGAAAGUAAAAGACGUUCUGCUGGAGCGCGUCGCUAAAAAUAAACCAGUUAUGGAGGAGGCAACAAUCAAACAAAUAUUUGGGAAAAUCAAAGCAAUAGUAGAUGUUCAUCAGAGAAUUAUAGCAGAAUUAGAGGACUUAAUUGAGCAUUUUGACAAAAAAGGGCAAAACAUCGCAGAGGUUGGUGAUCAUAUUUAUUCUGCUGUUGGGUUUAUAUAG